AUGAAUGAUCACCACAGCAAUUUGCAAAAAGGAAAAGAUUUAGGUGAAGAUCAAAAUGAAGUCGAAAAUGAUGAUGAAGUGGAUGAUGAACAUGAAGAUGGGGAUGGAGGUGUAUAUAAAAAUGAAGUGCAAGAUGCAGAAGAAGAUGUAAAUGCAGAUGAAGGUGCAGGUGAAGAUGAAGAUAAUGACGAAGAUGAAAAUAACGAUGAAGAUGAGGAGGAUGAUGACGAUGACGAUGAAGAUCAAAUUCAAGAUUAUGUAGAUCAAAGUCAUUUCCUCGACGACAGUCGCCUCAUAGAUCAUCACAAUGCCGUCACGCCGCAGGCUAAUCAUAGCGCUAGCAUGGCAACAGCGGCUAGCAUUUAUGGACCCAGUAGUACACUGCGCGCCGUUGCCACAUCGAAUAGUAGUUCGCCGGCCGGAGGAGGAGGCAAUGCUGGUGGUGGCGGCAGUGGCGGUCUAGUAAGUGGUGCUGGCGGUCUGGGCUUAAUCGGCGCAGGCAAUGGCAGUCUGGGUGGGAGUGGCGGUAUUGGUAGCGGCGGUUUGGUUGGGCUUGGUGGCGCGAGUAUUGGCGGAGUACCACAUCAUGCGACGUCAGCUAGCAAUCAUAUGGCGCAUCAUCACAGCGCAUCAGCGGCGGCAGCUUUAUUGGUUGUACCACAACCGAUUAACGCGAGUAAAAUGAGUGCAGCGAUGGCAGGUGGCGGUGCUGGCGGAACGGGCAGAAAGUAUCAAUGCAAGAUGUGUCCACAGUUUGAACGGCAAAAAAAUUAG